AUCUUUGGAGAGAUCACUAGACGUUUCGCGUUUCUAUGGAGUAAGGUAUCUAUAUUCUCGCGCUUGGGUCCGAUCAAUACUUCAUGAGUUUCGUUCGGCUGGAAAACACAUUGUGGCUUGUACGUUCGCGUACGAGUACACGCACACGAGUUUCGACUUUUCAAAUAUGCCAAAUAAAUAGAAUUGUGCUGAAAGAAUAAUUGUCGAAAUGGCGACUAGUGAUCGAAUAGUUCCUCUUAUUCUUCCUGAUGGGGCGUGAUGAUCGAGCGUCGAGUGCUUUUCAAUAGGCAAUAUGCGUUCCCUUGGUGAGUGAUUAGAAAUAUCUAGAUAAACCGAAAAAGUUAUUCUUUUUAAAGAUACUCCAAGAUUUAUCAUAUUUCCGGAUCGUCGCCAUCGUUUCGUCGAUCGAUUAACAAAGAUGAAGAGACAGAACGUGAGGACUCUGUCGCUGGUAGUGUGUACAUUUAUUUACCUUUUGAUCGGUGCUGCGGUAUUCGACGCAUUAGAAUCGGAUACUGAAAGAAAACGCCGAGAAUUUCUAUCGGAUAUACGUCGUAAUAUGAUGAGAAAGUACAACAUCACCGAGGAGGAUUAUCGUAUGGUGGAGAUUGUAAUAAUUGAAAAUAAGCCUCACAAAGCGGGUCCUCAAUGGAAAUUCGCUGGUGCCUUCUACUUUGCUACGGUUGUUCUCGCUAUGAUUGGCUAUGGACACUCCACUCCCGUCACUAUAGGCGGCAAGGCCUUUUGCAUGGCUUACGCUAUGGUGGGCAUUCCUCUUGGCCUGGUAAUGUUUCAGAGCAUCGGAGAACGUCUCAACAAAUUUGCCUCUGUCGUUAUCAAACGAGCAAAGAUUUACAUGAGAUGUCAAAAGGUCGACGCCACGGAGAUGAACCUAAUGCUGGCGACCGGAUUGUUAUCCAGUAUAAUUAUUACCACCGGCGCUGCAGUAUUUUCACGUUAUGAGGGUUGGAGCUACUUCGAUAGCUUUUAUUAUUGUUUCGUGACGUUAACUACCAUAGGUUUUGGGGAUUACGUUGCUCUGCAGAACGAUCAAGCACUUUCAAACAAGCCAGGAUACGUCGCCUUAAGUCUCGUCUUCAUAUUAUUCGGUCUAGCAGUGGUUGCUGCCAGCAUAAAUCUCCUCGUUCUUCGUUUCAUGACAAUGAAUACCGGCGAUACCCGUCGCGAAGACAACGAAUUUCAAUUGGCGUCCGAUCACGUCUUGAACUUGGAUGACGAGGUAGUUGCUGUGAACGGGAAACUUUUGUCCAGUCACGUGCCGAUAGUUCACGAUACGGACGACUGCGUUAGCGUUUGCUCCUGCACGUGUCUUGGACCGGCCAAUUCCGAAUUGUUGGAUUCUACGGGAUAUCAAGGUUACAGGCCACCUUCGACCACGGCAAGCUUUCGCGUUAAGCGCGCAUCCGUCUGAUGGAAGGAGUUUCGUCGUCGUAGUCUACGUCGUCGACUUUCCAAGGCCGACAGCAGGGAACUCCUCGGUAUCGAUGUUUGAAAGCGAAGGAAGAAUCGACGAGAGAAAGAUAAACAACUAAUAAAAUAAGCAACGAGUAUAGAACACUGCCAAAGGACAGAUAUAUUCAACGAUAAUCUCGGGAGAGGGUGAUCCGAAAUAAAGGAAUCGUAAGACUCAUUAGAUAAAGGAAAUCCUUUAUGUGCCCUAUUUAAAAAAUAAAUAUCGUUGUAUAGUUAUACAGAGAAGCGCCAGAUUCGGCUUACUUAGUGAACUUUCUUGAGUGAACCAAUGCGUAACGUGUUGGUAAUGUAAUAUUCGACGUCUAUUAACGUUCAAUGAUAAUAGAGUUAUCUGUUUCACGUGUACGAUUCUAUUUAAUGAAUGUUACGUGUACAUUAUCGGACCGGAGAUCGUAUUUUUUCUAUGUGAUUUGUAAUUAAACACUAUAAUAAAUUUAAGUAUUACAGUAA